AACAGAAGCCUCUAUGUAACCGAAAGCCUGCAAGUAACGCCAUUUCAUUUCCCCUCUGUUACAACCAAAAUGCUUGAGUUCGUGCUGUUCUACAAGAACCCAUUCCUCCACGCAUCACUCUCCAUCACCCUCGCCCUAACCCUAACCUUCUUCCGCAUCCCAAUCCUCUUCCUCUACGCUCUCCAAACCUACAUCCACCCCGAUUCCCAGCCUCAAUCUAAUGGCCUCAAAGCCGCCAUUCGCCGCCCCGGCGUCGACGGUUACCAACCCUUGUCUUCCAAAACCUCCACAGAGCUCAGAAAGAGGAGUAAAGCAAAGGACAAGGUCGAUUUCGAUGAGAGUAAGGCUCAGAUCUUCAGGAUAACGCUCGAUCAGAGUCAUUUGCAGUCUCGUCUUUAUAUCGAUCAGUAUUCCGUUGCUUUUACUGUUUCUUUUAUUGCCCUUUUCUCUAUUUUGCUUCAUAGGUUUUUGGAUUGUGAAGAGGGUAAUGGGUUUUUGGCUAAUGGGGUUUUUGUUCCGGUUUUGUUAUCAAUUUUGAGUCUUUAUACUUGGGGGAUGUUGUUUGUUAAGGUUACGUUUGAAAGAUCUGCGUCGAGGAGGUCGGAGAAGCAGUUGAGUGUUGUUUUUGGGGUUUUGGGGGUUUUCUUAGGGUUGCUUUUUGUUCCUGAGGUUGCUUGUUUGGUUUUGGAGUUUGAUUUUGGGGUUUCUGUUGAUGGGGUUUGGAGGGUUUUGUUGUCUGUGUUAAUGGGUUCUCUUGCUAGUUUCUUGUUCAUUCCUGCUGUGAGAAGUGCGAGAUCUUUUUGGCUUGGGACUGAUCAGAUUUGUUGCAAUUUGUCAAUGAUUACUUGUGGAUUUUAUAACCGUGCGAUUCUUUAUGCGAAUCAAAUCUUGCUUAUUUUCGUGGCUUUUCUGUGGAUUACACCUUUGGCUGAAAGUUUUGUAAACAAAAACUAUAAGGGAGAUAGUGCGACGGGUGGAGUUGGUAAUGCUGAGAGAUUGGUGGGGAAUGUAGGGUUCAUGCCGUCUGAUUUUGCUAACUUUAGGCGGUGGUGUUUGUUGGGAUCGAGUUUGUUGCAGAUUGUGGCUUUAAGGCCUAACCUGCAAAUGUAUCUCAAUGAAGCUUUGUUGUCUUGGUACCAAAGACUUCAUGGUAGCAAGGUUCCUGAUUUGGAUUACAGUAGAGCAAAGAUGUUUUUGCAUAAUCAUUACUUGUGCCUUGUGGUUUUGCAAUUUCUUGGUCCGCCUGUGCUGGUGCUUAUCUUUCUUGGCUUGUCUCAGAUUGACGGUCCUUCCUUUGGAAACUUUCCGUUGGCAUUGCCUGGCUCUGCGUUUUUCAAAGAGGCUGCGUUGUUUUUGGCUUGGUGGGUGACCUUUCUGCAGGCAAUAUAUUCUUCGGCGAUCCUUUUGCUACACCGGCAUUGUAUUUUGUAUGUUUCUUGAACCUUUGUUUUCUAAAGCACAGUUUUAUGUGGCGAGCCUUUUGUUGUAAGCUGAACACAUUUUUAAAAAUUUUGAAAAGAGUCGGAAGAUGAUUCGAUUUAUAGCGUUAGUUUUGCAGGUUAGUCAAUUCAUAUGAUUCUUUAGUUAACUUCAAAACAUUUAGAUAUGACUGAUUUGUAUGUUGCUGUUGUAGUUUUUGGACAUGAGAAUCUUAUACAUUAAACUGACCAUAGAUAGACCAAUUAAUAUCGUAUUUUGCAUUUCCUUCAAAAUUUCAUGCAAAGUUAAGCACACGAUUAUUUAGUUGUUUCAUAUAUUUUCUGGAGACAGUUUUGAAGGCCUUCUUUUAGUUGUUUUCUGUCCUAUUAUAGCAUUACUAUAUCUGUGACAUUAGCUGCUUUGUUUCUUCGCCUAUAUGAGAAAGUGUAUGAAAAAUGGAAAUAUAUGACAGUGUAUGAAAAAUGGAAAUGAAAUCAAGAAACUAUCUGAUGUCCACAAUUAUUUUAACCCCUCUUCAAGAUGAGUGUUAUAAAUUGUUUCAGGAUCUAUGUUAGCUUUACUUUUAAUAUAUUGCAUGCAUGAUAGAAUAGAUUAAUUGCGGUGAAUUUGAGUAAUAAUUAUGAACACUAGAAGUGUAUGUAACCUGAUAUUUAAUUUUGGAAUUGUGUUGAAUAAAUAAACAAAAGAAAAUUUUAUUGGAUUGCGAUAAGAUCUGCGAUUUUGUACGAGAUAGAAUAUUGAGCGGUUAAAAAUUAACACGAGAAUAAAGUAAAUGUAGCAGAGAUAAAGAUGUUGCGUUAAAUGUAUGGUAAGACUAGAGAAGAUAGAAAUAGAAAUGAAAAUGUUAGAGAGUGUUGAGGUAACACAUAUAAUAGAGAGUGUUGAGGUAACACAUAUAAUAGAGAAGACCCAUAGCUUUUGUGUUAAGGAGAGUAGAUCAAGCGGAGAGAAGUCAAACAACUAGAGGUAGAGGAAGAUUUAGAAAGAUUAUAAAAGAAAUUAUAAAGAAAGAUCUCGAGAUUAACGAAAUAAAUAGAAGCGUGAUUUUGGAUAGGAUAUUAUGGCAAAAGUUGAUUCAUGUAGCUAAUUGAUUCCACUUAGUGGGACAAAGCUCAGCUGUUGUGGUUGUUGUUGUUCUUGUAGAUAAAGAAACAAAUAAUUAUCAUAUCUUGGUGAAAAGUUGUAGGUCGAUCAUGAUACUUCUUUAGGGUUUUGGAUUGCCUUUGAGUUUAAGCAUGUGAUGUCAUUUGCCCCAUCCCAGAUUCUAGGAUAUUGGUAACAUGGAUUGUUAGAGGCUUACAUGUGUGAGAAAGUUUGUGGUGUAAAUCCAACCCUGAUUAGCUUAUAUUUUCAUAAUGACACACAAGUCUUUUUCCACUUAUAAAUACUUAUUUGAAUUAAGACAUGCAUGUUUUCUUUGUAUAGCUUCAUACAGUGCUUUGUGUUUUUAAGUAAUACAGCCAUUCAUUUUUAAGUAAUACAUGUGUUGCAAGAUUCUGGCACUUAAAAUAAAUUAGAAAAUCUUGAGAUAAUGCUUUUGAAGGUAUCAUACAUUUUUACCAAUACACUAGUCAUAGUUAAUGAUGAUCUUUGAAGGUUGUAGAUCAUUUUCAAUCUAAUUUCAAACACAUGCUGGAGUUUGGUAGAAACUAAAAUAUGUUGUUCUCAUAUUCAUUAUGUCUUUCAUAUCUAUUAUGUCAUCAGACUUGUUUACACUCUAUCAAUCUUUCUAGUUUCUAAUAUGUUUUCAUUAUGCCCAAGUCAAUUUCUACUUUCGGAAAGAUCUCUUCAAUAGUUUAUUUUGUUCUCCUUUUCAAAAUGACCAUUCUAACAAGGUGUAAAUUAAUAGUAUAGAUGUUGGAUUGAAGAGGGAUUGAUUUCACACACGUAUCAUUCUAUUUGAUAUUGGAUUGUUGGACUCAAAAGAGUUGUUCUGUUCGCUGUAAUUUUUUUUCCAGAGGUUGUUGGUUCGUGAAUUAGUCUAUGUUGGUGGUUGGUUCAUAUACCAUGUUGAAAAGUGAAUGCUCACACUAGACUCUUUUUAGCUAUUUGGUUUCAGUGUCUGUAAGAACAUGUUUGCUGGAUAGUGUCUCGUGUGCGUGCUUUUACUUUAGUUGUUGAGAAAAACUUGCAUGAAUAUGAAUUAAAACCUUUAGUGUUAGAAACAGCUAAUAAGAAUAGAAAAAAUUUAAAUUUAUUUAAUAUUUAAUUUAUUUUUUUAAUUGGAUUCUGGAGGUGGUUGUGUGAUAAUGUUGGAGAGACAAAAAUUUAUUUAUUAUUUUUAAUUAAUAUAAAAUUGUGAUUGGUUGUUUAUAAAGCCACGUUUUCAUGCAAAUAAUUUUCUUUUUUGUUUUAAACAAAAAAUCACUUUUGAUGUUUUUAUCUAUUUGUAUACCCUUCUAAAAUAAUUUUGUGGUUUGACUGAGUUAGGUUUAUGGUCCUAGUUUUUGUAACUUCUUUGUUUAAUUUAUAGAUAUUUGGCUUAAAAUUUUUUAUAGCGGUUUGAAUAU